UGCGGUGAGAGCGCCGAAUCCUAGCCACUAUACCGCCAGGGAAUAUUCCUUGUGCUUACUGCAGUGCAAACCUUCCAUUUUGUCAAGUUGACUUGUAGCAGUUUCACAAAGGCUGAUCGAAUAAAUAAUGAGCUGUAGAUUUUAGAUUUUGUUGAAUGCUACUUUAGAGAGUGACUAAUAGAAGUUUAAAAGUCAAACAACAGACUAGUCAAAGGCCUGCUUGUCAUUAUUGUUAUGCCAUACAAUUUUUUCCAUCAAAACAACCAAGUCUGCCAAGAAACCAAAUGAAUUCUCUGCUUCUAUUGAUAAACUUGCUUAUAAUUAUUUCACUUGUUGUUGUGUGCUUUCCAGGGAGCCAUUAUUAUAGGAUACAAAAUGAAUCGCAGUAAAAGCAUUGCAGUGAUUGAUUUCCUGGUCGUGAUUAAUGGUUCUCUCCAUCAUGCUGCUGCUGGUGGGCUGGUUUCUGUGUUUGUGAGAGCUACACUGGCCUGCUGGGAUGAACAUGCCACUGCAUCAGAUCUCUGUCAUUCCCCGGGAUGUCACUUCCUCCAGGGGGUCUGGCAGCAGCGGAAAGGCCAAGGACAAGGACCGGGACAAUAAGAAUGAGAAACCACUGGGUCAUUCUGCAAGCAGGUCCAGCAACAUUUCAAAGGCAGGAAGCCCGUCUUCUGUGAACACCCCCAUCGGCUUCUCUCGAACUUCAGUCACGCCUUCAAACCAGGACAUCUGCAGGAUCUGUCACUGCGAGGGUGAUGAGGACAAUCCACUGAUCACACCCUGCCACUGCACAGGCAGCCUGCGCUUCGUGCACCAGGCCUGUCUGCAGCAGUGGAUCAAGAGCUCAGACACACGCUGUUGUGAGCUCUGCAAGUUCGAGUUCAUCAUGGAGACCAAACUAAAGCCGUUGCGCAAGUGGGAGAAGCUGCAGAUGACAGCCAGCGAGAGGAGGAAGAUCAUGUGCUCCGUAACUUUCCAUGUCAUCGCCAUUACGUGCGUGGUGUGGUCGCUGUACGUCCUGAUCGACCGCACUGCAGAGGAGAUCAAACAAGGGAUUCUCGAGUGGCCUUUCUGGACCAAGCUUGUGGUGGUGGCCAUCGGCUUCACCGGCGGACUGGUUUUCAUGUAUGUGCAAUGCAAAGUCUAUAUCCAGCUGUGGAGGAGACUUAAGGCUUACAACAGAGUGAUAUAUGUGCAAAACCGGCCAGAAACCUAUAAAAAGACUAUUUUCGAUAAACCUGUACUCAUGGAGCCAAACUUGGAUAAUAAGGAGGGUUUCGGGCCAGCGCAGUCAGACACAAACUCUUCGCAGUACACAGAGACCGAGGACUACAGCAUGGAGAUACUGCACGUGUGAGCCGCGCAUGCCCGGCCCAAUUCCACAGGACCAGAUGAUGCUUUGCCCCCUGCCAGGGUACAGUUGGCACCACAGGGCACUGGGCAAAGUAACUGAGACAGAACUCCUCCUGUUUUUUUUAAGGUGUUUUCUUUGUUUUGUCUGUUCUGUUCUUGUAAGUUGUUGGCUAGCCAUUAUGAGUCGGUGUGCACCAGGUCCAACUACUGCCAUUGUACUACUCUUGUAAGAGAUGUGUGAAGCACCACUGUGUGCAUCUGUGCUCACCGCGUGCGUGAGUAUGUGUCUCUGCGCUGGUUCUAAUGGAGUCCUUAACAAUGCAUUUAAGCACUUUUUAGUUCCUUCUUUUAAGGCUCUGCUGUUUUAAUACCCAUACAUUUAUAUAUACAUAAGGAAAAAAAAAAAAACAAGCUUGAAGUUUUGAGAGUUUUUCUCGCAUUUUGUAUGACAUUUUUUAUUCCCACUCAAAUGUUGGAUGUAAAAAAAAAAAAAAGGAAAUUUGAGGAGAUAUAAGGGAAAAUGGACAUGUUUUUAGAGCGAUCAUGCCAUCUUUCAUAAAAAAAAAAAGAAGAAGAAGAAAAAAGUUGAUCAGUCUUUUUCAUUUGUUUGAUCUCGUAUUUGACUAAUUCUAAAGGUGAUACUUAUUCACAAUGAAAUUAAUGAUUAUCUACCAAGGGCUAGAGCCACUUGCACAGUUUUAGCAUGUUUGCUAUUACUGUAAUUUGUGACAGGCCCAACAAGAAUACGUUGACCACUAGCUAUGAUACGGCUUCUGUCUUGGCUAUCUGCCCUUAAGCGUUCCUUUUGAGGGCUCGAAAAUGUAGAUCAUUUUUAAAAUCUCACCCAUUACUAGUUAGAGGACAUUUUCCUGUGGAGGUUAAAUUACUUGUAGCGUCACAACACCUUUGUAGAUGAUUCGUGUUUUCUAUACGUGUCUGGCUCUUUAGAUUGAGUAUUUGUUUUGACCACUUUCCUUAAGAAUUCAAUUCCUUUACGUUAUUUUUAUCACCCAAUAGGACAGUUUUGUAUUCAUGGUUUCAUAGAGAUUCAUUUUGUUCCUACAUCCAUACACACGUUUACAUGUGACCUGACACAAUUGGCUUGGCUUGACAAACAUAACUGUAGCCUUUCGACACUUUGCUUUAUUCCUUUAUCAUUACACUUCAUCAUGCAUAUCUAAAAUAUUAUUUCAGCAUGCAUGACCUUAGCAUAUGACAUCUUAAAAACGGCACUUGAUCGAUCUUGGAGAAAUCAACAUAUUCUGUAAAAAUUUGUUGCAUGGUGUCCCAAAAAUAAAUUCUUUCUGUCCUUCUCUUAAAAGUUACAGAAUGUUGUAAGGGUGUUAUGGUUAUAAACGUUGGGAAAUUUCCAUGUUAACUGUGACUUUCACCAUUUCCUCAUGCAGUAAGUGUUUUUGAUAUAACAAAUCACCUUUAUCUCCCUUAUUGUCAGAAUGUCAGGACGAACCUGAAAUCGGAGAAUACUUCUGCCAUCUAGUGGCAUUUUGUUAUACAGACUUUAAUGUACCAUGAAUGCUUGGUGCAAUUUGAGCAAAAUGAAAAGUGCAAUUACAGUUUGUUGAGGGGAUCAUCCUUGCAGUCGUUUUUUUUUUUCUUUUUUUUUUUUCCCCAGUUUUCACAUAGGGUAUUUAAUUCCACAGUUUAUGCAAAUAACACUACAGGUUUGAUGUUGCACAGCUAAUGUAAUAUUGGUCUUAGAUCCUGUGAACUCGAGAGCGGAUCUCAACUAUCUAUCGCUUUGCUAUGUUAUGACUGUGGGAAUGCCCUUUACAAGCUUGUAAAUCCUAACAAGCGCAGUUUUGCACAACUGCAGCCUGGCAUCCUGUAUGAUUUGAUUCAUUUUACUUUAGAAAUCAGUGUACAGAUGGAUUUUCGUUAGAUAAACAGGAGCUGGCUCCUUUAAGUCUCUGGCAGUGUGGGACCGCUGACAAUUUAUGGAAUCAAGUUCAAACUGUAAUAUUUUUGGACAAGGUAUGAUUUGGAAAAAUGUCUGGAUUGUAAUACUGCAUAUGCCUUGUCAGGUGUCAGCUUUGCUGAAUUGCUGCACUGCGUCUGCUUUGUUUAGCCUUGCUCUGUUGCAGUAAUUGUAUUGUUUGUCUCUCGACUCUUCAUUGCUGCAGGUUGCUAGUAGUCGAGCUCUGACGAUCAUGUGAUCGAUCACGCUUACUAACAAACAGAUGACACGUGCUUAAAAAGUGUUUCUUGCAAACUGCAAUUUAUUACUACUGAAUCAACUUGAAUGUGGUCAACAUGACUGUUUCCUAGCCCUCUCUUAUUCCAUUCUUCUCUCUCUGCGAUUUUUUUCUUUGAAUAGUAAAAGUAGUUUUCAUAAUGUUUUUAAUGAAUUCUUGAUGUGCUUUGUUUUCGUUUGAUUUCCCAUAUUUGAGUAUAUAGACUGUAAAACAACCAAAUAAAAUGAAGUAAACCUAUACAUUGUUGCAAAUGAGACAUUUUUGUUUUUGCCACACUCUGUGCUGCUGUUAUAAAGCGGUGGUUCUUUGACACAACACUGCCUAAAAAUUUAAACCGUCACAUGUUGGUUUUUUUUUGUUUGUUUUUUUUGGAAUAUCCAUUUCCUCGGUUUCCACACGGCUACUAAAUGUCAUCAAGGCCUUUUUGCAAGCACUGUGUCAAACUAGAGAAGCAGUGGACCUGAUUGAAAACAUUGCCGUGGCUUUCUCAGUAGCUAAAUAUGGUUUUGUGAAUCUGAGAAGACUGUAAUUUACAUGUAUAGUUUUGUAUUUUAUGUAUCUGUACUUUUUUUUUUUCCUCAGUAUUAUUACGCUUUUAAGACGUUGACUUUAAGUUUCUUAAUUGAUAUGUAAGUGAUGUUGUUUCGUGUUUUUAAGGGGAGAUUAAAUGGAGCAAUAAAAUAAAACCUUGAUGAAGCCA